CAGAGUAAAUUGACUACAGCCUGCGCGACUCGGUAGCAUGAUAUAUGUGCAUGACUCUAAGCUAAGUAAUGCCCCUCUUGUACCUCCUUACUCGCACACUCUUCCUCUGUCCAUCAUCUCGAACUCCAAAGAAUGGCAGCAAAGCCCACCAAAAUUGCCGUCAUCGGCUCAGGAACCAUUGGACUCUCCUUUGCUGCUCUUCACUUGUCGAGGAAUACUUCAUGUACGGUGGUCAUAUUCGACAGCAGACCUGACCUGCAGGAAUAUGUCUCGAAUAACAUCUCCGGCUACCUCGUCGACACCGACCAGAUAUCCUGCAUCGAGCGGAUAUCAUUCGCCAAAACCAUAGAAGAGGCAGUCGAAAAAGCAGAUAUCGUACAAGAGCAAGGACCUGAGACGGCGGAUUUCAAGAUUGGCAUUUGGCCUGAGAUUGAGAAGCAUGCACCCAAGGAAGCGCUCUUCUGGUCCAGCACAAGCGGCAUUCCUGCAAGCGACCAAAGCAGAGAUAUGAUGGAUAAGAGCCGACUCGUUGUCGUGCACCCGUACAAUCCGCCUCACAUUAUGCCACUGCUCGAGGUCGUGCGGUCACCAGCAACAUCGGACGACGUCAUAGAGCGAACAUUGAAGUACUGGCGAGACAUCGGAAGGACACCUGUAGAAGUCAAGAAGGAAUGUGUUGGGUUUGUCGCAAACCGACUGGCAUUUGCGCUGCUGCGGGAAGCAAGUUCGCUGGUUAGUCAGGGUGUAGUGGGCGUGGAAGAGCUUGAUGACAUUGUCUGCGCCUCGAUGGGACCCAGAUGGACGGUAGCGGGACCAUUCAAAUCGUAUCAUGCUGGUGGCGGGGAAGGGGGAUUGAAGAGCUUCAUGGAGAAGAUUGGAGGGACGAUACAGAACUGCUGGGAUGCUAGUGAUGAAGAUAUCAGGAAAGGAAACAUCAGAGUUGGCGAAAGCUGGCAGGCCGACAUAUGUAGGCAAGCGGCGGCCGCAUAUGGCAUGGCAGAUACUGCUGAGCGUGAUCGCAAGACCAAGAAUGUCCUCGAUGUUGUGCAAAAGCGGUGAAGUACCUUAGUAGAGUAAUAAUCUAUGAUGAGAG